GUCGCGGCACGGGGGCCCAGCGAAGUAAACGCUGCGUCGCAGGGAAGGGAGCGGGACGCCGCUGCACCAAGCUCUGCCGGAGAGAGGGACGGCCCCGAAAAGCCAGCGCAGCCCCGCUCGGAGGGGGCAGCAAGAGGUCCGUGGGGUUCAUCCACGCUCCCACGGGCUGCAAGGGCCACGGGACAAUACCUGGGGGCUGGGAGCCAUCCCACCGCCCGCUUGGGGUUCGGGACAUCAGCCUUUCGACCGCACUUCGGUGCCCCUCCGAGCCCGAUGAGGAGCCGGGGCCGCAGGUGAACCUAUGCAGACCAGGAAGAAAUACAUUUUCCUGACUUUCCUUGCCUCGUGGCUCCUGCUUUUCUUCUUUGGAGGAGACCAGCUGCGCCGUUUCGCUUUCUUUUCCGGGAGGAAAGCCGAAGCCCGGAGGAACUGGCCCCACUGGACGGAUCGGUCCCUCCUCAAAAGCUUUGCGGAUCCCGAGGAGCUCCAGAGGGAUGGGGACCCCUCGCUGCCAUCGCCCCGGCAGCGGCGGGCGGUGCGGCUGAGCGUCUACAAGAACAGCAGAUGCCGGAUGGAAACCUGCUUUGACUUCUCCAGGUGCGAGAAGCACGGCUUCAAAGUCUUCACCUACCCCCGGGAGAGGGACCAGCCCCUCUCGGAGAGUUACGGCAAAAUCCUCGCCUCCAUCGAGCGCUCUCGCUACUACACCCCGAACCCCGAGGAAGCCUGCCUCUUCAUCCUCAGCAUCGACACGCUGGACCGCGACCAUCUCUCGGGUCAAUACGUCCAUAACGUCGAUGAGAAAAUCCGCGGCUUCCCGCUCUGGAAUGGCGGCCGUAACCACCUCAUCUUCAACCUCUACUCAGGCACUUGGCCCAAUUACACCGAGGACCUGGGUUUCGACAUCGGCCAGGCCAUCCUGGCCAAAGCCAGCUUCUACACCGAGAGCUUCAGGCCCGGCUUCGACAUCUCCAUCCCUCUCUUCUCCAAGGACCACCCGCAGCGUGGCGGGGAGAAGGGGUGGUUGUAUCAGGACUCGAUUCCCCCCAAAAAGAAAUACUUGUUGGUGUUCAAGGGGAAGCGGUACCUGACCGGCAUCGGCUCCGGCACCAGGAACGCGCUGCACCACAUCCACAACGGGAAGGACAUCGUCUCGCUCACCACCUGCAAGCACGGCAAGGACUGGGAGAAGCACAAGGACACGCGCUGCGACAAGGAUAACGUCGACUAUGAAAAGUUUGACUACCAGGAGCUGCUGCACAACUCCACUUUCUGCAUCGUGCCCCGGGGCAGGCGCUUGGGCUCCUUCCGCUUCCUGGAGGCUCUGCAGGCUGCCUGCAUCCCCGUGCUGCUGAGCGACGGCUGGGAGCUGCCCUUCGCCGAGGCCAUCGACUGGGGCAAAGCCGCCGUCAUGGGCAAUGAGAGGCUGCUGCUACAGAUCCCCUCCGUCGUCCGCUGCAUCCACCCGGAGCGCGUGCUGGCUUUCCAGCAGCAGACCCAGUUCCUCUGGGACGCGUACUUCUCCUCCGUCGACAAGAUCGUGCACACCACACUGGAGAUCAUCAAGGACCGGCUGCUCCCGCACCGAUCCCGAUCCCGCUUCCUCUGGAACGCGCUGCCCGGGGGGCUCCUGGCCCUGCCGGACUUCUCCACUCACCUCGGGGACUUUCCCUUCUACUACCUGCAGCAUGGCUCCAGCCCAUCUGAGAAGUUCACGGCUUUCAUCCGGGCGGUCUCGCCGGCGGGCUCCCUCUCCCAGCCCAUCCUCAGGCUCAUCCAGGCCGUCUCCGGAUCCCAGUACUGCGCCCAGAUCCUGGUGCUGUGGAGCUGCGAGAAGCCACCGCCGCCGAGCGGGAAAUGGCCCCAGACCGCUGUGCCUCUGACCGUCAUCCAGGGCCGGGGGAAGCUCAGCGACCGCUUCUUCCCCUACGCGGCCAUCCAGACGGACGCCGUGCUGAGCCUGGACGAGCACACCAGCCUCUCGACCAGCGAGGUGGACUUUGCCUUCGUGGUGUGGCGCAGCUUCCCCGAGCGCAUCGUGGGCUUCCCCGCACGGAGCCAUUUCUGGGACCCCGAGCAGAGGCGCUGGGGUUACACCUCCAAGUGGACCAACGAGCUUUCCAUCAUCCUCACCGCCGCCGCCUUCUACCACAGGUAUUAUCACAGCCUCUUCACGGAGUACCUGCCGGCGGGGCUGCGGGAGCUGGUGGAUGGCUUGGCCGCCUGCGAGGACAUCCUGAUGAAUGUCCUCGUGGCCGCCGUCACCAAGCUGCCGCCCAUCAAGGUCACCCAGCGGAAGCAGCACAAGGAGACCGUGCCCCAGCAGGUAGGGUGCAAGGAUGAGGAUGUGGGGAACCCCCCGGCCGGGGAGCGGAGCCCCUCACCGCCGCGCUCCCCUCCUGCCAAGGUGAAGGGCACGGCGGGGGCGGCCGGCAGCCGGCGUUUCUCCCAGCGGCAGGACUGCCUCAACCAGCUGGCGGACUGGUUCGGCUACAUGCCCCUCGUGUCCUCCCAGCUGCGCCUCGACCCCGUCCUCUUCAAGGACCAGGUCUCCGUCCUACGCAAGAAAUACCCACGCUUGGAGAAACCCUGAGGGCUGCCGGGGAUCGGGGUCGGGGCCGGCCCUGGGUGCCCCGUUCCCGGUGCAC